AUUCGGUAUAUAAUACAAAUUUGAAAUUUUUGAAACGAUUUGACGGAGAAAUCAAAAAUGUGUGCAGAUAGUUUAUGGGCUAAUGAUCGGACUAAAACUUUAAAUAACACCCUAUCUUCAGAUAAGCCACUUAAAUCUCCUACAGUAACUCCAAGAUCAUUGUCGCCCUCCAGCAAAAUUGGAGAAGCCAUUUUUCACAAGUAUAUUGAUAUCAUAAAUUCGAAAUCAAAUAUUUCUUUAGAUGCAAAGAAAACCGAACCAUGUGAAAGACCUUUUGAUUUCUUUGACGACGAAGAAUUUGCAUUUGGAAUUAAUUUGUUGAACAACAAUGUGGCAUGUGUCGGAGAUAAUAUCACAAAACUUAUACAGAUGGCUCAAGAGCCAUGGCCAGACAAUGUAAAAUUGUUUCAACCUUACGAAGUGGAACAGAUACUAUUACCGGACAAUGCAAGCUGCUUAGCAGUCCAGGCUUUCUUAAAGAUGUGUAACCUCCCGUUUGAGGUAGAAAUGAGAUGGAAUGCGGAAUUCAUGUCGCCCUCUGGCAGAGUACCAUUCAUCAAGUGUGGUGCAUUUGUGGUCUCCGAGCUGGAGCCAAUCGUACAGUUUGCUGCCAACAAGGGAGUAUCAUUGUGUGGCCGUCUGUCUACAGAGGAGAAGGCAGAGAUGAGAGCGUAUAUGAGUCUCAUUACUAAUGUUUUAGUUAAUGCUGAGCUUUACAUAUCAUGGCUGGAUGACGACACAUACAAUGCUGUCACUAAAGUACGGAAUUCAUCAGUGUACCCGUGGCCAUUGGGUUGGUUGCAGACCAGGGCGAAAAGGAACACAGUAUCCAAACGAUUGAAAGCGCUGCACUGGCAGGAGAAGACAUUGGAACAGGUGUUAUCUGAUGUUGAGCAGUGUUGUAACUCCUUGAGCCAGCGGCUUGGAGAUAGAGACUAUUUCUUCGGAACUCCAAGCCCUGUUGAUGCACUUGUCUACGGUCAUAUCCGGGCACUUCUCUCCGCCACGGGUCCAAAAGCUGCCCUGUUGAUCAAACCCAUCACAACCUCUCUACUGCGCCAUAUAAUUAGAAUGACAAAUCUCAUCGGGAUGAAGUUAACGCCACAAGAAGAGUAUUUAACAACACAAGCAUUUCAACUGUCGCGUCGUAGACUCUCACCAGACAGAACGAUAUCGGAAAGAAGCACUAGAACGAGACGUUCCAGGCUAUGCCUUAGAAACCCUAGUAGGGAUAGCGUCAGUAGAGACAUGUUUGGUUUCAAGCCAUUCGCUUCUAAACAAAUAACAAUAAUGACAUCAAAAGAAGGCUCGAUUACAUGCGAGUACGACAAUCCGAACAGAAACGAGGACUUACAUCGAUUCAACUUUAUAAUCGGUAUCAUUGAUGAUAUAAUCGAUAAAGUAUACGAGCUAACAGUAGAGGAAUUGUACGGGAAAGAUUUUAAACACGAUUUCGAGAUUGUGGCGCAUCCGAUUAACGAUGAUUCGAUUGAAAUCGAUAAAGUUAACGAUUAUUUGGAUACGAUUGAGGAGAGUGAUAUGAAUGAUACCACUGUUUCUAUGGAGUCGGGACAUGAUGAAUAUAUUGACAUCGAUAGUGAUGGGUUGAUUAACGAUAAAAUGCUUGAUUCUGCGAUGGAGACCGUACAAGACGACUGUUCGGACUUGACCGGAUCUAGGUUUGUCUUACAAGUGUUUUUAGACCUUUACAAAUCAAACACACAUACAAAGACUAAAAACGAAGGACCAACAGAAAUUUAUGUGACCAAGAGUGAUAGCGAUGAUCGGAUUUCAGUAAUCGAUAUGUCUCAAACAUCCCGCACACCAUUAUCCACAGGGUCUAAUACGACUUUAAAAGUGCCCAGCAAUGAAGAGAUUAGUGUAGAGAGGUUCUUGAAAUAUCUGCGUAAACGAAACGCGGUGUAUCACUUGGAAAUGGCCGAAUUGGAUUAA